CUUCCGUGUUUACACACUCACGAAAAAGGAGGGGACUAGCGGCGCUAAGUAUGCUCGCGGAGCAAGCGUAGAGCGGUGGUGAGGAAAGUGACGGUGUCACAGCAUAGGCUCACUAUAUGGUAAAGAAGAGGUAACUUAUUCUAGGUUUCAAAAUUGCGUUUUACAGCGGAAUGUUCACUCGAAGGGGCCAUGGAGACGUCAAGAAAUCUACACAGAAAGUUCUGGACCCAAAGAAGGAUGUAUUGACCCGACUGAAGCACCUCCGGUCACUGUUAGAUAUCAUUGAGAAGAGUGAAUUGAAGACCUUCUUCGAAAGCAACUGUUCGCAGAUUUAUUUUAUCUUCUAUGAAAAUUUCAUUACACUGGAAAGUAACUUAAAGCAAAAAGGGAACAAAUCUCAGAGGGAGGAGCUGGACUCUAUCCUCUUUAUUUUUGAAAAAAUUCUGCAACUUCUACCAGAACGAAUCUACAGCCGAUGGCAGUUCCACAGUAUAGGUUCUAUUCUGAAAAAGCUUUUGCACACUGGAAACUCGUUCAAGAUCAGAUGUGAGGGAAUUCGUCUGUUCCUGCUGUGGCUGCAGGCCCUGCAGAAUAACUGUGCAGAGGAGCAGUUCCUCAUCUUCGCCUGCCUGGUGCCAGGCUUCCCUGCCGUGCCCUCCACCAGAGGACCCUGCACCCUGGAUACCAUCAUCUACAACCCUUUCUCCAACCCGCCCGAUGCCAAGGUGGUGCCUGAAGAGAUUACACCACUGGUGCCAGCUGUGCCAGGGGAGAAGCUGGCAGACGACCAGACCUGCUACAUCCUCCAAACCCUGCUCAAGUUUAUGGUUGUCCAGGCGUCCAGUUUAGAGUGGAAGAACAAAGACAACCAGGAUACCGGCUUCAGGUUUCUCUUCAGUCUGUUCAAGAAGUACUACCUUCCUCACCUCUUCCCCUCCUUCACCAAGCUCACCAACCUUUACAAGCCGCUUUUAGGUAGGGGUGUGGGUGUGGACCUCCCCCACCACAGACCAAAGCCUCUGUAUGUCCCGGUGACCCGUAACAACGAGAGCACGUUCUGUACGAGAGACCAGUACCUGGCUCCCCGUGUGGCCUUCAUCACCUGGCUGGUCACCUUCUUUCUGGAGAAGAAGUACGUCAGCACCGCCACCCCCAGCGCCAAGAACGGGACUAACGAGGUCAUCCCCAAACUUAUCCAGACUGUCACUGCAGGUAGUAGCAGUCAGGAGAAGGAUAAAGACCGUGGUGGCGAGGGGGAGCCCAACGGCCCCACGGAGCCAGAGAAGAGCCACUCUAACAGUAGCACGCUGUCUGACCGGCGCCCCAGCGACUCCAGCCUGUGCAGCAUCGACGAGGAGCACCGCAGCGUCUACGACAUGGUGCACGCCAUCCUACUCUCCACACGGGACAACAUCAACUUCGUCAAUGAGGUUUUUCACCAGGCCUUCCUGUUGCCCUCCUGUGAGGCGUCAGCGACCCGGAAGGUUAUCAAGGUGUACAGGAAGUGGAUCCUGCAGGAGAAGCCAGGCUUCAUGACGGAGCCAGAGAAGAGCAGACAGGCCGAGGUGGAGGAGAACCCAGAGCAGCUGCUCAUCUCGGAGACCGAUAGCACACACACACAGGCGUUGGAGAGUCAUGGUCACAAACGCUCAUCCAGUUGGGGCAGAACAUACUCCUUCAGCAGUGCCAUCAGCCGGGGCUGUCUCACUGAGGAACAGAACAGAGACAUCAAGGCUGGCAUCCAGCCCACCCUGCAGGUGUUCCUGACCAACUCGGCCAACGUGUUUCUGCUGGAGCCGUGCCCAGACGUGGCCAAGCUACUGGACAACCAGGUGGAGGUGUGCAAGGGGGUGCUGAGCAUCUACCGCCACGUGAUCAUGGAGCACGCCAUGAACACGCAGACAUGGGAGCAGAUGCUACAGGUGCUGCUGAGGAUCACUGAGGCGGUGAUGAAGAGGCCUCAGGAGAACCAAAGAAAUGACAUUUUUGCUGAGAGCCUGGCUGCCAUCCUUUUCCGGACCAUCAUUGUGGCGUGGGUACGGGCCAACCUGUGUGUGUUCAUCUCUCGGGAGCUGUGGGACGAGCUGCUGUCUGUGCUGUCGUCUCUGACAGGCUGGGAGGAGCUGGUGACCGAGUGGGCCAGCAUCAUGGAUUCUCUGACCGCGGUCCUGGCCCGCUCCGUCUACGGCCUGGACAUGAGCAACCUGCCCCUGGACAAACUCAGCGAACAGAAGGAGAAGAAACAGAGGGGACGGGGGGUGAUUCAGGACUCCCAGAAGGCAGCAGCGGUGGCCAGGUCCUUCUCUUUGAGCUGGAGGAACCAGGGAGACCAGCAGGGGGUCCAGGAGCCCAUGAGGUUCCGCAGCGCUACCACCUCAGGGGCCCCCGGCGUGGAGAAGGCACGCAACAACGUCCGACAGAAAGCCACAGCUAAGCGAAGCCAGUCUAUCAGCAGCUGUGUCCAUCUUUACGAGGCUCUUCCCGCUACUAAAAGCGUUCCUAUGCUGCUUCACACUGUGAGCUCUUUCUUGCCUGGUCUCUCCUCCUCUUCCGGUAACUCUUGCUCUCACAGGCUUUCAGAUGUGGAGGAGGGCCAGUUGUCUGAGUGUGGGGGAGACGGGGAGCUGGAGGCUGGAGACAGCCCUCUACCACGCAGCAGCAGCACCUCCGACAUCACACAGCAACUGACUGACACCUUCCCAGGCCACAAGAGGGAGUACUCCCCCAACAACUCCUGUGGCUCCGAUGGCAGGGCGUCGGAAGCGAGGACAGACGGCGACCCGCCAGUGAUUCUGAUCCGGCGGAGCAGUAGUCCGGUCGAGCUGGACUACUCUGUAGAGGGACACAACAACUAUGCAAGGCCCACGCUCCAGGAGAAAAGUGUGAGUGUGAGCAGCGAGACGUCCAACGGCUACUUGAACGACGCUGACGGCAGCCUGCUGGCCUGGCAGGCCUUUGAGGAGGAGGCAGACACCCAGUCAGCCCAGAUAGAUGUCACAGCAGACACAGGGAGCCAGAGGAACCUGCUGCUCAGCCACAAUGAGGCCCUGGCAGACAGCCGUGAGUGUCUGACUGAUGAUGUCAGCAUCAUCGCAGGCGGGAGCCUGACCGGCUGGCACGCUGACUCCGCCUUUGUGCUCUGGAGAAGGAUUCUGGGUAUCCUGGGGGACGUCAACAGCAUCCGCUGCCCCAGGAUCCACGCCAAGAUGUUCAGUUACCUCUACGACCUCUGGCACAAACUGGCUAAGAUCCGGGACAACCUGGGCAUCAGUGUGGAUAACCAGUCAUCUCCUCCUCGGCCUGUCUUCAUCCCUCCUCUCAGAAUGCUGGCCUCCUGGCUCUUCAAGGCCACCAUGCUGCCUGCAGAGUUCAAGGCGGGUAAGCUGCAGGCCUAUAAACUCAUCUGUGAGAUGAUGACCAGGAAACAGGACGUGCUGCCCAACAGUGACUUCCUGGUCCAUCUCUACCACGUCAUGCACAAGGGCUUCACCAGCGUGGACCAGGACGUUCUGAACACGGUGAUCCGUUCCUUUUCCCCGCGCUUCUUCUUCCUGGGCCUGCCUGGCUUCACCAUGCUGGUGGGAGACUUCAUCACCGCUGCAGCACGCGUCCUCAGCAACGACUCCUCCGAGGCUCCGAGGAUAGAAGCACAGACCGUCCUUGGGUCGCUGGUCUGUUUUCCCAACCUUUACCUGCAGAUUCCACUACUGCAGACCGUUCCCGGAACUGAUGACAUCGUCGUCGGGAACGAGGACAUCAAGGACUAUCUGGUCAACAUCUUACUGAAAACGGCACGGAAUGAACCCUAUGAAGCGGCCAGGUGUAUAGCUGUAUGUAGUCUGGGCCUGUGGGUAUGUGAGGAGCUGAUGCAGCAGAAUAUUCACCACCAGGUCGAGGAUGCCAUCAAUGUUCUGGGCGUAACACUAAAGUUUGGGAACAAAGCUGUGGCUCAGGUAGCCUGUGACCUGUUCCAGCUCCUCAUCUCUCACUGGGAACACCUCCAGAGGCUAGAGCGCUCUCUCCCAAAGAAAAUCAUUGAGAUCUUUGUGGCCACUAUAGCAUUUCUGUUGCCGAGCGCAGAGCACUCGACAGUGGAGGCUGACAAAAAGCUAAUGGUGUCUUUGCUGCUGUGCCUGCUGGACUGGUGCAUGGCCAUGCCCCUGAGUAUGCUGCUGGAGCCCAUCACCAUGCCCGUGCUGGAGGACCCCACAUCCCACAAGGCCCCUCUGCUCGACUACAUCUACAGGGUGCUACACUGCUGUGUCUCUGGCUCCAACCUGCACACCCAGCAGAGCCACUACCUCCUGAGUCUGUCUGACCUCUCCACUGACUACGACCCCUUCCUCAUGCUGGGCCAGGUCCAGAGCUCAGAGCCCCUUCUCUCGCACACCGCUGCAGACUUGGGCAGCCUGCUCACCGUGGCCGAGGAGAAGAAAAGGCGGAACGUGGAGCUGAUCCCUCUGACAGCACGGAUGAUCAUGACCCACCUUGUGAACCACCUGGGCCACCAUCCCCUCAGCGGUGGUCCCGCCCUCCUACACAGCCUGGUCAGUGAGAACCACGACAACCCCUUUGUGGAGUCAUCAGAGCUCUCCUCUGAGGUGUUCAAGAGCCCCAACCUGCAGCUGUUUGUGUUCAACGACAGCACCCUGGUGUCCUACCUCCAGGUGCCCUCGGAGCCCUCUGGUCCAGGGGAACCCCACGACAACUCCUCCCAGGUACGCGUCAUCGUCAGGGACAUCUCUGGAAAGUACUCCUGGGACGGAGGGGUUCUCUACCGCACCCAGGAGGGAGUCAGUGGGAUGCAUCAGGCGAGUGAAAACUCCAACCACUCCACCACCAAGACCACCUCACCGGGGACCUCUGAGCUCUCCUACCCCCCAGGCUGGGACUCCCAGUCAGGCUGUGAGGAGGUAGAUGUCCUGGACCAACUCCUGGAGAACCUUGGCAACAGCAGCCCGGAGUGCCUGCCCCAGCCCCGGCUGAGGCUCAACCAGCCAGCCCCCUCUCCCUGUGGGAUGAACCUGGAGCUGGAGGGGGCCAUCGUGGAGGCCAUCCUCAGGCAGACACAGCAGGAAGAAGAGCAGGUGAAGAGGUGGAAUGCAGACGUGAGCGUCAAGGCCGCCAGCCAGAGAGAACCCACUCCACAGGAGCCCAAAGCCCCUUUCUACUUCUGCAGACUGCUACUCAACGACCUGGGCAUGAACUCAUGGGACCACAGGAAAAGUUUUCAUCUCCUGAAGAAGAACUCUAAACUCUUGAGAGAAUUGAAGAAUUUGGAUUCCAGGCAGUGCAGAGAGACGCACAAGAUCGCUGUGUUCUACAUCGGAGAGGGUCAGGAAGAUAAGUGCUCCAUCCUGUCCAACAGCGCAGGCAGCCAGGCCUACGAAGACUUUGUGUCUGGCCUGGGAUGGGAGGUUGAUCUAGCCACCCACUGUGGCUUCAUGGGAGGGCUUCAGAGGAACGGCAGCACAGGACACACUGCUCCAUACUACGCUACCUCCACGGUGGAAGUCAUCUUGCAUGUGUCCACACGCAUGCCGUCCAACUCGGACGACUGCCUCACCAAAAAGCUGCGUCACCUGGGCAACGACGAGGUUCACAUAGUGUGGUCGGAGCACAGCAGGGACUACCGACGCGGCAUCAUCCCCACUGACUUUGGAGAUGUGCUGAUCAUCGUGUACCCCAUGAAGAACCACACAUUCUUCAUCCAGAUCAUGAAGAAACCACAGGUCCCCUUCUUUGGGCCUCUUUUCAACGGCGCCAUCGUCACCGGAACGCUGCUACCCAGCCUCGUGCGUGCCACCUGCAUCAACGCCAGCAGAGCUGUCAAGUCCCGCCUGACGCUUUACCAGAGCUUCUAUGAGGAGCGGGCGCUGUACCUGGAGGCCAUCGUGCAGAACCACCGGGAGGUCAUGACCUUUGAGGACUUUGCCUCGCAGGUCUUCUCCCCUUCACCCAGCUACUACCCAAUGAGUGGGACAGAUUAAAACAUGUUAAAGGUGUCAUUACAGUAAUUGAACAAGGCUCUCUCAGUGGCAGCACGAGUGCUGAGCUCAGUGUUUCUUUAGGAACGGACCAGGCGGACCAGGUCUCCCCCACGAUUCCCCGUGCCACAAAGAACAGAGUUUCCGGAAAACUCCGCCGAUCAGCCAGCGCCAUAAGCAAAUCUUCCAACUGAGCUCUCUCGCCCGACCCACCUCCCAAACCUUCCCUGCUUCGUCUUUACUACAGGUCCUGCUGUGAAACCUCAUACCUUAACCCCUCAUGACUGCAGUUUGGGUGUGUGCGUUGUUUGUUUUAUAUCUCGUUUAAACAUAUAACUGGAGCCUAUUGCAAUUUUUUAUUUAUGUGGCAGUUAUUGAUACGUUGAUACAUUUCCAAUUGUUUUACUGUUAAACUGCAUAUUUGACCUGAAGAAAAGAUUUAAGCUAUUGAAGUUUGUUCCGAUGUUGCUGCAUUUUCUGAAAGAAUCUGAUUAAUAUCUCUUGUCAGUCAGUACAGCGAUUAAAUAUAGACAGGGAAUUGACUGAACAAUCAUGUCUGGUGGCUUAAAGUCCACAUAUCAUCAACAUUUCAAAAUUCCCUUUCUAUGUGACAACAAGGAUCUCUAUGGUUGUGACAUAGAAAAUGAAUUUGAUCACCCAUAUGCAUUUUGGUAAAGGUCUUUCCACAAAAUGAGUUCCUUUUGUACCCCUUUGAUAUUUCUUAGUAGAAAUUGUGCACCAAUAUUGAAUUUUAAAAGCCUCUUAUAUUAAAUUAAGUGCUCUUUAAAAGACUCCACAUGGAGAAUUCAAUCAAUCUGUUUUUCUUUCAUGAAUAAAGACUUGCUGAAGUGCCAAAAUGCAGCGUUUUGACAUUUCCCUCUGACUUUUCGGAAGAUGUUAACCCACUUAACCCCCAAAUUCCUCCAAGUAUUACUUUAACAAAGUCAUUCCCUCAUUUUAAGGUCAACCCUGCUAUGUGAACUUUUACUAUAAUGUACUAGUAAUCAUUUUUUCAAAAGAAACGUUGAACAUCUCAUAGUAAAAUCCUAGUGUUUAAACAGGUUCUUGAUGAGCUGGUUAUCUUUUUGCCUAUUUUCUGGUGUUUUGUGGUGGAGAACUGAGCAGGUCGAGCAUAACACAUUAACCCUGUUACUCAUAGAUAGACAGGCUAGAAAUGUUUUUUAUUUUAUUUCUAAAGUGGUGAAGCUGCAUUCAAUUGCCCCUCCCUGUCCCUGAACACAAGCUUCCAAUCCCCCUGUCGCAAGGGGAAUUAUGGCGGAUUUAAGAAUUUUAUUUCAUUUUUUUAAUUUAACCUUUUAUUUAACUAGGCAAGUCAGUUAAGAGCAAAUUCUUAUUUACAUUGACGGCCUAGGAACAGUGGGUUGACUGCCUGUUCAGGGUGAAAUCAUCAACCCUGUUACUUUUUUUGGCACUUAAUAGGCACUUAAUCUUUUUAUUUAACCUCUUGAGAUGGUAAAACCUGUUUUUUAUUAAGUUGAACAUGUGUUCUUUAUGAACACAUGUUAAAUGUUAAAAUUAUACGUAUUUUUCUUCACCAAGUUACACUACCCAAAAGGGACUCAUUUCAUGGUUUUCCCAUCUCCCAUCCCCCCCUGCAAUUCUGCUCUGUAAAUCACUGAUGAUACUCUUGCUGCUGACAGGAUAGGAUCAUAUUUAAGUGUGUUGUUUUGGCCUUGGCCUUGAGCCAUGGAAGCCUGUUUUUCUGUUUGGACCAUACUCAUCCUCAUGUUGUGGAGAGGUGGAAGGGCUGACAUAGGAGGUGCUGCUCUAGCAUAAUGCUGCACCACACCACACACUUCCUGGUUACGGAGGGCUGUGAGCCAAUGCAGUAGGAGUCUGUUUUUAAUAGUUAUGAACCUGGAGUGGACAAUCAAUGAUGUCUUUCCAUCCCCGAGGUGAAUCGAAACUUGUGUUGGGUUUUUUAUCGCUGUAAGGACCUUUUUAAAUGGAUUCUGAUGGGUUUUUGUCUUCCUUUGAUUUAUGCAACUCUGCUGGAAAUGAGAAAAGACUGCAUUUCUAAUUGUUUAGUGAUGUUACCCUGUGUAGGAUUGUUUAACCUGGGUUCAUAACCUGUAAUCCAGUAACUUCCAUCUGGCUCUUCCUCUGACAUUGUUCUCUCGUGUUGUAAAGUUAAGAAUGACAUUCCAAUGUUCCUGCAGAUGAACUUUUGCACUCACUGUCGUUGAUAAACUAGCAAUGAAUGUGUAUUUUCUCUUUUAUUCUUGGAUGUAAAUUGCUUUAUUUGAUGUUUGUGGUGUUGUAUAAUGUAUACAUGUGUUGUUUUAAAGGAAAAUGCCACCAGAGCCUCAGGUGAAUCUUAACUCCAUGCACUGGUGUGUGUGUAUGCGCAUCCGUGUGUGUGUCUGUAUGGCUGUGUGUAUUUGUGAAGGAGCUUCUCACAGUGCCUGUGUAAUGUCUGUCCACCAAGAUCCAUUCCAAGACCCCCACCACUGUAAACCACUGUUAGACAUCAUUGGAUUUAUUUUGUUUCUGUUAAUUGCAAGAGCUAAACGGCUAGCCUUGCCUUCCUGUCUCAUGUCUUUUGUUCUAGAGGGAGAGACUGUUUUUUCCCCCUGUGUGACUGUAAAGGUCAGUGUCUUGUCCUCCCCGUCCUCACACGUUUUAUAUGAACAGAUUGACUGGGUUUGGCCCACUUUUGUUUCGUCUUUAUUUGAGGUGCUCUGUUCUCCUUUCUCUCUGAAUUGGAAUCAAAUGGCACCUACUCCUCCUAUUUCCCAUGAUGCACCCUGAGUAACCUCGUGAGGCCACAGUGGAGGGGUGGGGGGCUGGGGAGUUAGAAGGCAUACCAGCGCUGUACUCUGGCGACCCUCUUAGCAACAGGCAGGCUGGCGCUAUGCUACUCACGCUGCCUCCUUCGCCACAACCUGCGCCUUUGGGUUGCCAUGGAAGCCAGGUGUUACGCACACAUUAUGCAGGGUUCCAUCAGAGCUGCAUCACUGUCUGUUGUACUACUUUGCCUUACCUGUACAUCCUCUCUUUCUUUCAUUUUGUUCUCUCUCUUUUUUUGUGUCCCUUUCUUUCCCAAGCACUGAUUAAUAACAUAGGAGGCAUGAACGGAGAGUUCGUUCAGAGAUAAUGAAGUCCAUUUUGUGAAUUUGAAGAAUGUAUGUAAAUACUGACCUGAGUCAGAUCAAUGCUUUCACCUUCCCAGUAGCCACUGUAAAGAACUACCCAGCUCUUUUUACCAGUCUUCUUAUGGAGUCUAGAUUGUAGAUUAGAUGUUGUGGAUGGGAUCCCUGUUAUAUAUGGGAGUAAAUGGGCGUAAGGUUUGAUUUGACCAGGGCAAGGAUUGUGUCUUACUCAAGACUGGUUCAACUCAUGUGAAGCAACAGAGUUAGUGUUAAUUCUAGGUUUUGGUUUAGGAAUCCUGUACAUUGUGUCAAAUUGAGGGUUUUAGUCCUUUACCAUAAAUAUAUUAAUGCCUGUAAUAUAAUAUUUGUAUAAGAGGAAGAGGGGAAAAAGGCUUGAAGAUUUCAUCAUUACUUGUUAACAUAUCAAACUGUUUUUAAUGACUGAAGUCAUGCUAUCUUUAUUAGAAAUGUGAAAAUCAAAAACAUUUCAUUAAAUCAAUUUGAAAUCCUA